CUCACAGUAGACCAAGCAGGCUGAGAAGAAGCAGCUUCAUCUCCUGAUACCGCCACUCUCUCUCUACCGCUCCGACCCUCACUAUCCUCAGCAGCAAUGGGCAACGAUAACAGCUCAGCGAUAGACAACAUGCAGGCGGUGGAGAUCCAUCACUGGUACAAGAAGUUCAUGAAGGAGUGCCCGUCCGGACAGCUCACCCUGCACGAGUUCAAGCAGUUCUUCGGAUUGAGGGGUUUGGACCCGGAAGCCAAUGCCUACAUCGAGCAGAUGUUCCGCACCUUCGACAUGAACAAGGACGGCUAUAUCGACUUCAUGGAGUACGUUGCAGCUCUGAGUCUGGUGCUGCGUGGUAAGAUAGAGCAGAAGCUGCGCUGGUACUUCAAGCUCUACGACGUGGACGGCAACGGCUGCAUCGACCGCUACGAGCUCCUCAACAUCAUCAAGGCUAUCAGGGCGAUCAAUGGCUGUGAUCAGGUUUCAUCAGUGGAGGAGUUCACAAACAGAGUGUUUGACAAGAUCGACGUGAAUGGAGAUGGUGAGCUGUCCCUGGAUGAGUUCGUGGAGGGAGCCCGGAAAGAUGAGGAGUUCAUGGAGGUGAUGAUGAAGAGCCUGGACUUGACACACAUUGUCACCAUGAUCCACAGCAGGAGACACAGUGUGUAAAAAGCCCCCCAAAAUCCACCCCCACCCUGCCCUCACCCACACAGGAGACACAAUGUGCAAAGAGAUCUCCCAAACCCACCCUCACCCUGCCCUCACCCACACCAGAGAUACAGUGUGCAAAGAGACCUCCCAAACCCACCCUCACCCUGCCCUCACCAACACCAGAGAUACAGUGUGCAAAGAGACCUCCCAAACCCACCCUCACCCUGCCCUCACCCACACCAGAGAUACAGUGUGCAAAGAGACCUCCCAAACCCACCCUCAUCCUGCCCUCACCCACACCAG